AUGCAAUUCUCAAAAGUCGCUUUAUUAUCAGCUGUUUCAGGUUCAGCUUUAGCUUCAUGGUCAAAUAGUACCGUAACAGAUAUCUCAACCAAAAUUAUAACCAUCACAUCUUGCUCAUUAAAUUCUUGCGUUGAAAAAACAAUCGAAACCGGAGUCACUACCGUCACUGAAGUUGAUACUACUUACACCACUUACUGUCCAUUACCAACUACUGAAGCUCCAGUCCCAGCAUCAACUGUCAAAGAAAUUGAAACCGUCACUGCUACAAUUACUAGCUGCUCAGAAGAUAAAUGCACAACCAAAGAGGUUCUUACUGGAUUAACCACUUUGACAGAUGUUCAUACUACCUACACUACUUACUGUCCAUUACCAUCAACUGAAGCUGGUAAACCAGCUGUUUCACCAGAAACUCAUGCUCCAGCUCCAGCUACCACUGUUGCCGCUGAAUCAUCACCAGCUGCUUCUGAAACCACUGUUGUUUCAAAAUCAACCGUUGCUGCUGAAUCAUCUGCUGCUCCAUCACCAGCUCCAACUGUUGUUGAAGGUUCAGCUGCUAAAGCUGUCCCAGCCUUAGCCGGUUUAUUAGCUUUAGGUGCUUUCAUUUAA